AUGAGGGCACGUGUUGUUGCUCGCGUGAGGAGAGUUCCUGAGGGUCUUAUUCCCGGCGGAAGGGUCCCGAAGGAGCGAUCCUGGCGGGGUGGUGCGGCAGUGUGCCGGUCAGUCACCGCUGUGCCGGCGCGCUGUACGCUCGUUGUGCCGCUGCUGUUCAUUCUUGUUUCCGACUCCUAUGUUUAUAUGGUAACAGCUUGGAGCGCGACGUCCGCUGGAGUGAGACAGCCAUACAUCUGCCGGUUCCGCAGCGAUGCUAAGGACGGUCGUUGCCCCAAGCAGCCGCAAGUGAACUCCGAAUAA